AUGAGUCUACGCUCAGGGAAAAACUAUAAUAAUGAAGACACCACUACGCACAAAGAAGCAAGUGGAGAACAGCAAGCAGAGACUGUGGAUCAAACAGCCAAGUGGCAAGAACAUCCUCAAGCCUCUGAUGCUAAGUCAUAUUCAUCCAGAGCAGCCUCUAGAUCGUCUCAGCGAUCAUCAGCAACAAGUUCGUCAGCCACGAAAGCCUAUGCCAAGGCAAAAGCAGCUCAUGCUCAAUUAGCUUAUGCUGAAAAAGAAGCUGACGUGAUGAAACAGAGGGCAGACCUGGAAAAGCAAAAAGCUGACUUUGACGCCAGUCUACAUCUGCUCCAGUGCCAAAGAGCUGCAGCUGCAGCUGAAGCUGAAGCUGCAGUUUAUGAAGAAGCAGAUGCUGAAAGCGUGAAGCUAAGUCGAGAACCCAUUGUUGAAGGUGAGCGCUUCAGUGCAGUCCAACGCACUUCCAAGUAUGUUCAAGCUCAGUCUCAGUACACCUGUUCCGGAACGCAUCAUACACAGGUAGCAGUGGAGGCACAGGAAAGAAAAAUAAAGACGUUUGAACCACCUCAAGCUAAGUCAGUCUACAAAGACUUAAAAAAUGAACCGACAUCAAAUACUUACCCUCACAGUACUCCGAAGCACGCUGAUCAACAGUAUGAGUCACAAAGUGCACAAGACUUCGCAAGAUACCUCAUCAGAAAAGAAAUGGUGAGUGCAGGUCUUCUUCAAUUCGAUGAUAAGCCUGAAAAUUACUGGUCGUGGAAAGCCUCCUUUAUAAGUGCCACUAAGGACUUGAAUCUCACAGCCAGAGAAGAGCUAGAUUUGAUGACUAAGUGGCUAGGGCCCGACUCCAUGCAACAAGCAAAGAGAAUUCGUGCAGUACACGUACUCAAUCCUGCAGCAGGUGUGAACAUGAUCUGGCAACGUCUUGAAGAGUGUUAUGGGGCGCCAGAGGUCAUUGAAGACGCACUGCUCAAGAAAAUAGAACACUUUCCGAAGCUCACCAACAAAGACAAUGCUAAACUGAGAGAACUCGGCGACAUUCUCCUCGAACUUGAGUGUGCUAAGGACGAAGGUGCUCUGCCAGGGCUUUCGUACCUGGAUACAGCUCGUGGGGUAAGAGAAAUAGUGGAAAAGCUUCCCUAUAAUCUGCAAGAGAGGUGGACCAGCAUUGGAAGCAAGUACAAGGAGGAUUACAGAGUAGCCUUCCCUCCUUUCUCUGUCUUCGCCAAGUUUGUCCAGCAACAAGCAAAGAUUAAGAACGAUCCAAGCUUUAUUAUAUCCACACCAAGCAACAAAGCCUCUGUGACUGUACACAAAACAGACAUCCCAGAAGAGCCAGCAGACACCCAAAGCAGUCCUACUUUUAAAAAAUUGGAUGAGCCAGAUCGCCAGUGUCCAAUUCACAAGAAGCCACACCCACUGAAAAAAUGUAAGCUCUUUAGAGAGAAAACUCUUGAAGACCGCAAAGCAUAUCUCAGAGACAAUCGCAUCUGUUAUAGAUGUUGCGGUUCUUUUCAACACAUGGCAAAAGAUUGCAAACUGACUGUCAAAUGCUUCGAGUGCAACAGUGACAGACACAUCGCCGCACUGCAUCCAGGCCCUCCUCCUUUAAACGCUCAGAGUGCUACGGCUGGGAAAGACAAAAGCGGGGAGCAAAGUGAAAGCUCAUCUUCAUCAGUGACCUCAAAGUGUACGGAGGUUUGUGGGGAGGGUUAUAGCUCACGCUCAUGUUCCAAAAUUAUCUUGGUGAAAGCAUAUCCUGCAGGGGAAAAGGAGAAGGCAAUGAAGAUGUAUGCAGUGUUGGACGAACAAAGUAACAAGUCACUAGCCAAGACAGAGUUCUUCAACCUCUUUGAAGUUAAAGGUAACUCCACUCCAUACACCCUGAACACCUGUUCUGGGAAGUCAGAGACUUCAGGUAGGAGAGCCGUUAAUUUUGUCAUUGAGUCUGUGGAGGGGAAAGUACAGCUUCCCUUACCACCCUUAAUUGAGUGUGACAUGGUGCCAGAUGAAAGAGCAGAAAUUCCCUCUCCAGAGAUUGCACUACAUCACCUACACCUACAGCCAGUUGCUAACAAGAUUCAUCCAGUAGAUCAAAACGCUCCUAUCCUUCUGCUCUUAGGGAGAGACAUCCUAAGGGUGCACAAAGUACGUGAGCAAAUCAAUGGACCGCACAAUGCACCUUACGCACAACGGCUAGACCUAGGCUGGGUCAUUGUGGGAGAAGUAUGCUUGGGGAUAGCUCACAAACCAUCAGAGGUCAAUGUCUACAAGACCAACAUACUGCACAACGGUUGCACAUCUUAUCUCAGUCCAUGUCCAAACAGUAUUCAUGUUAAAGAAGACUUCAGUGGCAUGACACAGCAUCCUAGUCUCACCUUCCCUGCAUGUAAGCAGAACACAGAUUGCACUGCGAUUACAGACAAUCUCGGGUGUUCGGUGUUCGUCAGGUCCAAAGAUGACAACGAGAUGCGUCCUGAAGUGUCUACACUGGCAACCAAGGUCUCAGAGUUCAUGUUGAGCUCUCAACACUUUGAGCGAUGCUCAAGCUGGCAAAAGCUCUGUCAGAUCAUAGCCAGACUCAUUCAUGUUGCCGCUUCCUUCAAAAGCAAGGCUGACGAAGCAAGAAAGAAAGGAUGGGAAUGUUUCGGAGAAACAAUCAGCAUAAGUGAACUCUCACAAGCCAAGGUUUUGAUCAUCCGCUCUGUCCAGCACAAGGCCUUCAAAGAGGAAUUCAAAUGUCUUGAAGACGGACAGACUUGGUCCAAGCAAAACACACUUGAGAAGCUCAAUCCAUUUGUGGAUAAAGAUGGUCUUCUUCGUGUUGGAGGUCGUCUUUCAUCGGCUGAGCUGUCAGAAGAAGAAAAACACCCUCUGAUCAUUCCACGCAAUCAUCACAUCGCCACACUGCUUGUCAGAUACUUCCAUGAAAAAGUAGCUCACCAAGGGCGACACUUUACAGAAGGAGCUAUUCGAGCAGCUGGAUACUGGAUAGUUGGGAGUAAACAUCUGGUAUCUUCUGUCAUCCACAAGUGUGUUACCUGCCGCAAAUUGCGAGGAAGGUUGGAAGAUCAGAAGAUGGCGGAUCUGCCAGCUGACAGACUAACACCCGAAUCUCCGUUCACCAAUGUUGGACUGGAUGUUUUUGGGCCGUGGUUGGUCAUGACACGACGCACAAGAGGAGGGGCUGCAGACAGCAAACGCUGGGCUUUGCUCUUCACAUGCAUGUCUACCAGAGCGGUGCAUAUUGAACUGAUUGAAUCCAUGUCAACAGACAGUUUUAUCAAUGCCUUAAGAAGAUUUUUCUCUGUUCGUGGUCCAGCAAAGCUCCUGCGCUCUGACAGAGGGACUAACUUCGUCGGGGCUUCAAAAGAGUUAAGGAUUAACACAGACGACACAUUAAUCAGGAAGUACCUCCAGGAGAAAGGAUGCUCUUGGGUUUUCAACCCCCCUCAUGCCUCCCACAUGGGUGGUUCCUGGGAGCGGCUCAUCGGAGUAGCCAGGCGCAUUCUGGAUGCAAUGUUGCUUCAGACGGGACCAGUACGUCUUACACAUGAGGUUUUGAGCACUUUCAUGGCAGAGGUGAUGGCGAUCAUCAACGCAAGACCCCUUGUGUCUGUGUCUACUGACCCAGAUAUGCCUGCAGUUCUAACCCCCUCAAUGCUCCUGACUCAGAAAAUGAGUGCAGUUUCAGCACCUCCUGGAAACUUCGAUACAGCUCAGUUGCUCGGAAAGCAAUGGAAGCAAGUUCAGUGCCUUGCCGACACCUUUUGGAAGAGAUGGAAAGGAGAGUAUCUGUCUACUCUGCAGAGCCGCAGGAAGUGGACGCAAGACAAGCCGAACGUCAAAGAAGGAGACGUCGUCCUUCUCAAAGGCAGUCAAGCCCAUAGGAACGAAUGGCCAAUGGGAUUGGUUGUUAAGACUUUUCCAAGCAGUGACAAGAGGGUCCGCAAAGUAGAAGUAUGGAUUGUGAAGGACGGGACAGCCAAGGUGUUCCUUAGGCCUGUAACAGAAAUUGUUGUCCUUCUUGCAGAGUCUUAGAGAAAGAACUCUUAAUAUGUUGUUUUCAGUGGACAUUCCCUUUCAAGUUCAAUUGUAUUUGUCGUGAUAUAAUGUUAUUAUCUCAAGCGGGGAGUGUGCUGCCUAUUUCUAUGUUUAUAGAGUUGGGACAUGUUUUUUUGGCUCAGAGUGAGCGCUCCUUGGUUUGCGAGGAUCUUUGUAAACGGAGCACGGAGAUCAACACAUGGAGAUCAACACAUGGAGCAGAGACGUCAUGUAAACUGUGUCCGUGUCUGUGAUGCUUGAGCCUUGGAGACUAUUUGUCUUUUUACAAAGUAAAAGAAGAACAGUAAAGUCAAGAAAGAAAACCUUGCAUCUUUAUUGGAGGACUUUUAAAUGUUAGCUAACUGUCUAGCUACGCAUAGGGAUACGCGCUGUAAGGGCA